UGAACUAAAAAUAGGGUUUCCACUUUACAAACUGCCCUACUUACAUACAUGCACCUGUUUCAUAAAUCAUAAUAUUUGCAGAACAAUAUUUCACAUAUAACCACCACCACCACCACCACCACCACAACCUCGUACUCACUUCCGCCGCAGACAAUAACACCGGCCACCGUAUCAGGAGGAGUUCCAGUAACAUGGGAGGCGGUGAAGAGACAAAAACAGGGGAGGAAGAGAAGCUGUUUGAUCUCAAUGAUUACACCAUAAUUAAAGAAGGAGAAGCUGAGAUUUUGAUGCAUACUAAAAAUGAAGUCUUUUACAAUAAAACCCAGGUUAACAAUAGAGAUAUGUCUAUUGCUGUCCUGAGGACAUUUAUAUCAAAACGUAAAGAAGAACACGAAGCACUACUGUCUAAAAGAAUAAAAAAGGUGUUAAAGGUAUCAGAAGAUCGUGAUUCAGGAUCAGAUCCACCAACUGAUUCUCCAAAGCCUAAUGGAAAGCCUAAUGGUGAAUGUGAAGAAAAACCCGAUAAUGAACCAUGUGACACCUGUGCAGAACCAGAAAAACUACCAGAGGGUAAAGGCCAAGGAGAAUUAAAACCACCUAGAGUGCUUGAGGCUCUGUCUGCUUCAGGGUUGAGAGCUCUAAGAUAUGCUCGUGAAGUAGAAGGGAUCGGGCAAGUUGUGGCACUGGACAAUGAUAAAGCAUCUGUUGAGGCUUGCAGGAGAAACAUUAAAUUCAACGGUUCAGUUGCAACUGCAAAGGUGGAAUCAAACCUUGCUGAUGCUCGAGUAUAUAUGCUCACUCAUCCAAAGGAAUUUGAUAUGGUUGAUCUUGAUCCGUAUGGUUCACCAUCUGUGUUCCUGGACUCUGCAGUUCAGUCAAUUGCUGACGGAGGGAUGCUGAUGUGUACAGCAACGGAUAUGGCAGUUUUAUGUGGAGGCAACGGAGAAGUCUGCUAUUCUAAAUAUGGUUCCUACCCACUGAAAGCAAAAUAUUGCCACGAAAUGGCUUUGCGGGUCCUCCUUGCGUGCAUUGAGAGUCAUGCAAAUCGAUACAAGCGAUACAUUGUCCCUGUGUUAUCUGUCCAGAUGGACUUUUACGUACGGGUAUUUGUUCGCAUAUACACGUCAGCAGGUGCCAUGAAAAACACUCCACUCAAGCUUUCAUAUGUUUAUCAAUGUACCGGUUGUGAUUCUUUUCAUCUCCAACCGCUCGGUAGGACAGUCUCUAAGAAUACAAGUGUGAGAUAUCUCCCGGGGUUUGGUCCUGUUGUUCCUCAAGAGUGCAGUGACUGCGGUAAAAAGUAUAACAUGGGGGGACCGAUUUGGUCAGCUCCUAUUCAUGAUCAAGAUUGGGUGACAUCAAUAUUAUCAGAUGUGAAGUCUAUGAAGGCGCGUUAUCCUGCUUUUGAUCGGAUAUCUGCUGUCCUAACAACAAUUUCAGAGGAAUUACCGGAUGUUCCACUUUUUGUGAGUCUGCACAGUCUUUGUGCAACCCUAAAGUGCACUUCACCUUCUGCAGUGGUAUUUAGGUCUGCUGUAAUCAAUGCUGGAUAUCGUAUUUCUGGAACUCAUGUGAACCCGUUAGGGUUAAAAUCUGAUGCUCCUAUGGACGUUAUAUGGGAUAUCAUGCGUUGUUGGGUUAAAAAAUAUCCUGUGAAAGCCCAACCGCCAGAGCAUUCCGGAAGUGUGAUUCUAGCUAAGGAACCCGUGCUUCAGGCUAAUUUUGCUCGAGCGGUUGCAUCACUUAGCAAGGCUCAAGCAAAGAAAGUAGCCCGUUUUCUACCAAAUCCUGAACGACAUUGGGGCCCAAAACUGCGGGCCGGGCGGACCAUCACUAGCAAACAUGCGUCUCUUUUGGGCCCAGAGACGGUGAAUGGGAUUCUUAAUAAUAAUGAAGAGCAAGGGGAAGAGCCUGAAGCGAAACGUAAGAAGACACAAGAUUCUAGUUCCAUUUCAUGAUAUAAGAGUAAAAUUGGAAGCUUUUAUACGCAUUUCUCCUGAUUUUGUUCUGCAUUUCUGUGCAGAGUGAAUCCAAUUUGUAAUCUUAGCGGUCAACCACGUGUUGGAAUAAUUUUGUGAAAAAGAUAUAAAUUGGUUGAAGGGUGGAUGUGUUCUGUAUGGAAGUUUACAAGUGUUGAAGUUGCA